UUGCUCGAGCUGGAGCAUGUGCCCGCUGGGCACAUGAGGGCAUCAAGCAAGUUUCAUGAGGAGCACCUUAAAAGGGAAGCGCUAAAUGUGCUCACUAUUGUGGCCAGUCCUGAGUGUCAACGACACCUCGCUAUGGUUGCUAGAGGCGAAAUCCAGAAGAAUGAAACGCAGGCAGGGCUUGGGCCCUUUAAUUUAUUUAAGGACUUGCAAACUACACUGUUGGACUGCUUGGAAUCUUAUGAAGUAGGAGCAAAUAUGAAGUAUAAUGUGCUACUGCCAGAGGCUAUCAUCUUCUCCCUGAUGAAAAUACAUAACUACUCAUGGGAAGAGGCUAAAACCAACUUUAUUGAAUACUCUGCUAUUGUCGAACCCUGCCUUGAAAGUCAAGAGUGAUCAAGUAGAGUAGAACAUCUGGAAUGCCA